AUGCGUUUUAUUUUUGUCAGUUACAGUCCUAGAUAUACUUACUGCUGGUACAGUUGUGCUCUGAGAUUUGUAUUUGAUAUCCAUGUUACUCCCUGGCAGGCCCUGGACCAGGCGGGCGAGUGGCUGGGCAGCCGCCGAGCAGGAUGCUGGAGCGGUGGCCGCAGGCUGACAGCAUUGGCUAUUUUCUACCUCCCUGCCUGCUCCCUCGCUCCCAGGGGAGUUGGGACUGGUGUCUCCCACUUCCCUCUCAUGCAGAAACUGCUCUGCUCCCUUGGCGGGACAGCAGAUUCCCGACAAUCUGACGCGGUGUUUUUAUGUGCUUCCUCUCGUAUGCUGGGGCCAAGGCAGUAUACAUUCCUCUGA